UUGUGUGGGACAUCUAAUGGGGCUCUACUCAACCUCUUUGCAUCUGGCUACCCGUGACUAUUCUCUACGACGAGCACGCAACAAGCACACCUGUUCUGGAAGGCCAGAAACAAAAGAGGUUGCAUUUGGCCUUCGGCAGAUGAUUCCACCGACGAGCGGGCCGCCCUCGACAUCGUUUACUGUGUACCACUUUUCUCGAUUCAGCCUCGAUUUAUCCCACAAUUUACCCAGGAUCAGCGGAGGACCUGCCGUCCUCGACCUCCAAUACCCCAGAGCCACCAGGCGGAGACAGCAAAUCACCGUGUCCCGGCCUCUCCAAGGAGGAGAUAUGGUUGGAUUUCGAGACCUCCUCACAGCAUUACACUCCUCGUCGCCAUGAUUUCAGGCUGAAAAGUCCGGGCAUUUGGAGAACGACGUGCAUGGACAUGCCAUACCCCCGCAGCAUGAUAGCGCCGAAAGUCUUGAGUCGUGUAGGAACGUUGCAACAAGGGACAAGACUACCAAUGCUUGUCAAGCCUUUGCACAUCUUGACUUCCUUGAGCUUGGUUGGUGGCGUACCGCCGCUGGCUAUUCGACAAGGGGUAAAACUCCGGCCACUAUCGCCGAGUUAUACUCCCCAAGUUGUGGUGGGCGGCUCAUCACUUCCUUCAGACCUGGAGUCCCAUUUUCAUUCUCCGUGCCAGGCUGCAGAUCGGCUGACAUCUCAAAAGGGCAAGUGGACGUUCGCUUGAAGAUCAUCCCUGUGCGACAUGUGGCUGCUGCGAGAAGGCCGGAAGGAGAUGCUCCGGGUAUAUUACCUUGUACUCCUGUCUUCAUGCCAUCUUCUUCUUCUUCUUCGACCCCGACAGCUAGCUCUAUCCCGCCUCAACGUCAGCCAUAUCAUCCAUCAAGAUGAGUUUCAUCAGGAAAAUCGUCCACAACGACGCUGUCAAGCUCGACCCACCCGAGGUCUAUAACUGGCGAGUCUUUGCGCUUGCAUGUGCCGCUUGUUUUGGUGGAACUCUCUUCGGCAUGGACAUUGGUAUCAUUGGCGGAGUCUUGACACUGCCUGAUUUCAAGAAAGAAUUUGGUCUCGGUAAAAAUAGCGCCAAUCUCUCUGCGAACCUGGUCAGCGUGAUGCAAGCUGGUGCUGUCCUGGGGAGCUUGGUGGCCAAUCCAUUGUCUGACUGGAUUGGGCGCAAGCGAAGCAUUCUUAUCAUCUCGGUUUUUGCGUUCAUCGGAGGUCUCCUUCAAGCGUUCUCCUAUGGCAGCCUCGUGUGCUUCUAUAUUGGAAGAUUCGUGGAAGGCUUGGGUCUAGGUGGUGCUACCAUGUUGGCUCCUACCUACGUCGCUGAAAACGCACCUCGAGGCAUCCGCGGUCUUCUGGUCGGCUUCUACCAGCUCUUCGAAACUAUGGGUGCGAUGGUCGCAUUCUUCAUCAACUACGGUUCCCUUUUGCACCUCAAAGGCCACGCUACGUGGAUUGUGCCUCUGUCCAUGCAAUCACUCCCACCACUUUUGCUCUUCUGCUCGAUUUUCUUCUGUCCGGAAAGCCCUCGAUGGCUCGCCUCGAAAGACAACUGGGACAAAGCUUCCAGCACACUCUCGACUGUUCGUCGGCUGCCUGCGUCCCAUCCGUACGUUCAGGCUGAGCUUCUGGAGAUGAAAACCCAGUUGGACGCCGAACGAGGGCGUGCUGGUGGCAACAGCUAUUGGGCGUUGACCAAGGAAGCCUGGACAAUUCCUGGCAAUCGACGACGUUGUAUUAUGGUCAUUGUUCUGAUGAUUGCGCAGCAAAUGACUGGCACCAACGCUAUCAAUUACUAUGCCCCAACCAUCUUCACGAACUUGGGCGUUACUGGAAACAGCAACAGUCUCUUCGCAACCGGAGUGUAUGGCAUUGUCAAGAUGUGCUCUUGCGCUAUCUUUAUUACAUUCCUUGCCGACACCCUUGGGCGAAGGUGGUCAUUCGUCUGGACGGGAUUCUUCAUGUGGUUCUGCAUGUUCUAUCUUGGAUUCUACGUUCGAUUUGAUGCACCCGAGAAGGGCGCUCCUAUUUCGAGUGCCGGGUACGCUGCACUCGUGUUUGUGUAUCUCUUUGCUGCAGCAUUCCAGUUUGGUUGGGGACCUUGCUGUUGGAUCUACAGCUCCGAGAUUUCCACACAGCGGCUUCGAGGUUUGACUGUUUCGUACGCUGCAUGCACCCAGUGGAUCUUCAACUUGGUCGUGGCUAGGUCGACCCCUGUCAUGCUGCAGACGGUUGGGUCCCACGGAUACGGCACGUAUUUCUUCUACGGGUCCUUCUGCUUUACUAUCGCAGUCGGAGCAUACUUCUUGGUUCCCGAAACCAAAGGUGUCUCCCUGGAGCGAAUGGAUGAGUUGUUCGGUAUCACCGACUUCAGCGGCAUGGAGGACAUGGGUCUGGCAGCUCAACACGCGAAGGGCGACAUUGAAGCUGUUCACCUUGAAGGGCAAGGGAAAUAAACCAAACAUGCUGGGAUAACCUCUCCCUGCCAGGACAACAUGCUGUUUCAAGGGAUGAGAAGAAGUAGACAGCUUAUCGAGAAAUGAAAGUCCUGAACAACAACUAUCUGACGGGUUACAGUCCAGGUGAAGGACGACGAACGAAGGUAUCCAGGUGCUUACUGGUGUGCUGGUGUUGAUGAGUAAUCGGAGGCGAGGAGGAUACUCCUGAGUUACACGUGAUCAGUCUCCUUUGAGCAGCUGUGCCGAAGGCUUCUU